AUGCAGAGAACAAUAAGAAUAAAUUUGGGUCCCAAGGCUCUACUGAACGCUGAGCCCAAGGCUGUACUGAACGCUAAGCCCAAGGCUGCACUGAACGCUAAGCCCAAGGCUGCACUGAAAGCUAAGCCCAAAGCUGUACUGAAAGCUAAGCCCAAGGCUGCACUGAACUCUAAGCCUAAGGGUGCACUGAACGCUAAGCCCAAGGCUGCACUGAAAGCUAAGCCCAAGGCUGUACUGAAAGCUAAGCCCAAAGCUGUACUGAACGCUAAGCCCAAGGCUUUACUGAACGCUAAGCCCAAGGCUGUACUGAACGCUUAG